UAUAUUUCAAGAUAUCUAUAUUUUUUAUAUAUCUUCAUUAAUUCUCUUAUCUCUGUUAACUGUUGAUUUAUUUGCUGAUAUAAUAUAACUUAGUGAUCAAAGUACAGUGUCAAAGUCCAUAUUAAAUAAUUCUUUAGUCAUUGUUUUAUUGUUUUAUUUCAAUCUUGAUCUUUAAUUUAGACGUGGAAUUAUUCAGAACAUCUUCGAAGAGGACGAAGUGAACUACGUGAUCAGUAAUCGGAAUCAAUUAUUGCAAACAUUAUCGAUAUUGAUCUUUUUUAAAAGAGCAAUUGAGAUUGAAAAUGUUGAAGGGUACUGUAGCUUUGGUAACUGGUGGUGCCUCCGGAUUGGGCCGUGGUACUGUAGAACGAUUUAUCAAACAAGGGGCAAAGGCAGUUAUUGCCGAUUUGCCUGCUUCAAAAGGCAAAACUGUAGCUGAAGAACUAGGAGAGAAUGCAUUAUUUGCACCUGUGGAUGUAACUUCAGAAUCAGAUAUCCAAGCUGCCCUUGAUCUUACAAAACAAAAAUUUGGCAAACUCGAUGUCCUAGUUAAUGCUGCUGGUAUUGCCAUCGCUUUCAAGACAUACAACAGCAAUAAAAAACUCCCUCACAAACUGGAGGACUUUUCUAAAGUUAUUCAAGUCAAUACUAUUGGUACUUUUAAUGCCAUACGUCUUUCUGUUGGUCUAAUGAUUGAAAAUACCCCUAAUCAAGAUGGUCAAAGAGGUGUAAUUGUUAAUACUGCAAGUGUUGCAGCAUUUGAUGGCCAAAUAGGUCAAGCUGCUUAUUCUGCUUCGAAAGGAGCAGUUGUAGGAAUGACCUUACCAAUCGCUCGCGACCUUUCCAAGGAUGGAAUUCGUGUCGUGACAAUUGCUCCAGGACUUUUUGACACUCCGUUAUUGAUGGCACUGCCAGAAAAGGUGCGAACUUUUCUAGCAAAGAGCGUUCCCUUCCCUCAAAGAUUAGGGAAUCCUGAAGAGUAUGCAAUGUUGGUGCAGCAGAUUGUGGAAAAUCCGCUACUGAAUGGGGAGACAAUUAGAUUGGAUGGUGCUCUGAGAAUGCAAGCUUAAAAAAUCAUUAUUAUCUUCCAUAUUCAUGCAAUGAAAUCAUUAACAAAUUUUUUGUAUUUCUAUUUUGUGCAUGUAUAUAUAUAUAUAAAUGUAAGUUUUUUACAAACGUUCAUUUUA